AUGCAAAAGCAGCUAGAGGCCCUGGAUCAAUCGAGUAAGCACAAGCAACGAGAUCUCGAUACAAGUUAUGCUCAAACUAAGAGUGUGAUCUUUGGGAGCUCAAGCGAUGAGCCCCAAGAAGUUGUGCAUGAAAACCCAAGAGAAGAGAUCCAGAGGACCAAACUAAAGGCUCCUAUUGUGGAAUCAGGAAGCACCACCAUGAUAAUUUUUGACUACAAAGAGGUGCCGAAUGAGAAGAAAGUUAAUAUCGUGGCCAUUAAAUUGAGGAGGAAUGCCUCUGCAUGGUGGGAGCAACUAAAGACUCGGCGUGACAGUACCGGGAAAUCCAAAAUUAAAACCUGGGAGAAAAUGAAGAAAGAGCUAAAGAGAAUUUUUUUUCCAGAAAACUACAUUCAAGCAAACUUCCUGAAACUUCAUAAUCUGCGAUAG